AGUAAAUAAUUGAAGCGACUGUUAAUACAGCAUUCAGUUUAAAUAGACACUCAUAGUUGCGCUGGACACUCUCCGAUCCGCAUACAAAUACGAAUACAACUAUGGCGAACUUUGUGAUCGGCUUCGUGGUGCUUGUCGGUUUAGUGACUUUAUUUUCGGUGGACGAGGUGUUUGCUGUCAAAUGCUACAGUUGCAACUCCCUUACAAAGUCAGGGUGCAAGGAUCCCUUUAAAAAGGACGGCAUUGACGAAUUGGAAUGCCCCUCGGGAUGCAUGAAAGUUGGCGGAAAAGACGACAAAGGAAACCAAGUGAUUUCGAGAUCCUGUUCGCCAAUGAAGAGUAACAAAUGUGAGGAACAGACCGUGGCAGGCAUCAAAGGCACUGUGUGUUUUUGUGAAAAGGCUCUCUGCAACUCCGCUGAACGCCACUUCAGACCAUGGGUAAUGGUAGCCGGCGUCGCCAGCAUCAUUGCCGUUCUGCGCGUGUUUUAAUUCUGGUUCCUCCUUGGGGCUAUUUCCUGUAACAAAUAAUAACGUGUCAAUCACCAAGAAUCUUCUAUAUGCUAUAUGUUUCCUAUUGUUAUUUACAUUUAUAGGAGUGAUUUCAAACUAAAUAAGAAGUUUCAAAAAAAUACUAUUGUGAUUCGUAGUUUUAAAUGUAUGUUUCUGAUUCGUUUAUGUACAUUUUUUAAGAAGUUAUGUCUGAUCAAAUGUCAAUGUCAUCCUACAUUAUUUUACCUUAUGUCUAAUCAACGAAUGCUGUUUAACAAAUUACCAUAAUGCUAUAUGGGCCUUAAGAAAUUUCUUGCAAUUAAACAUUUUUUCGCUCAAA